CAAGACUCCAGGCAUCACAGACAGAGAGGAAAUCCCAAGGGGUCAACCUGUCUUUGCCUUUGGGCAGGUUCUCCCCAGACCAGAAGUAACUGUGAAGAGCAGAAAGAAUGGGGCAACUUUCCUCCCUGACCUCAGUGUGGACGGUAGUCACGGUAACCUCUUGGUUCAUCAUAGCUUCAUUCAUUGACACCUCGGAAGCAAGAAGCUGCUCUGAAUGUCACAGCAAUGCCACCUGCAUGGAGGACGGGACUGUCACAACAUGCUCCUGCCAGGUGGGUUUCACUGGCGACGGCCUUCUGUGCACAGACCUGGAUGAAUGUGUCAUUCCUGGGGCCCACAACUGCUCCAAGGGCAGCAGCUGCGUGAACACACUGGGCUCCUACUUGUGCACCUGUGCUGCAGGUUUCCAACUGACACCUGGGCUGGGGUGCACCGAUGUGGAUGAGUGCGCCCAGCCGGGGCUCAGCCACUGCCACCCCCUAGCCACCUGCAUCAAUACCAAGGGCAAUUACUCAUGUGUCUGUCCUGCAGGCUACCUGGGGGACGGGCAGCACUGCGAGUGCUCCCCGGGCUCCUGUGGGCCGGGACUGGACUGUGUGCCCGAGGGUGACACACUGGUGUGCGUGGACCCAUGCCAGGAGCACCACGUCCUAGAUGAGUAUUGGCGCAGCACAGAGUACGGGGCGGGUUACACCUGUGACCUGGGCCUGAGCGGCUGGUACCGCUUCAUGGGGCCGGGUGGUGUGCGCCUGGCAGAAACCUGCGUGCCGGUCCUGCACUGCAACACGGCCGCGACCAUGUGGCUCAACGGCACGCACCCGUCCAGUGAUGAGGGCAUAGUGAACCGCAAAGCCUGUGCGCACUGGAGUGGUCACUGCUGCCUGUGGGACGCUCCUGUCCAAGUAAAGGCCUGUGCUGGUGGCUACUAUGUCUACAACCUGACCGCGCCCCCCGAGUGCUAUCUGGCCUAUUGCACAGACCCCAGCUCCGUGAUGGGGACAUGUGAGGAGUGCAGUGCAGAGGAGGACUGCAAAUCGGAUGAUGGCACAUGGAGCUGCCAGUGCAAACAGGACUUCAACAUCACUGAUCUCUCCCUCUUGGAGCGCAGGCUGGAGUGUGGAGCCAAUGACAUCAAGGUGUCCCUGAGCAAGUGCCAGCUGAAGAGCCUGGGCUUUGAGCAGGUUUUCAUGUCCCUGAGUGACAGCCAGUGCUCAGGCUUCAGUGAGAGGAGUGACCGGGACUGGAUAACUGUGGUGACCCCAGCCAGGGAUGGACCCUGUGGGACAGUGAUGAUGAGGAACGAAACCCAUGCCACAUACAGCAACACCCUCUACCUGGCAGAUGACAUCAUCAUUCGUGACCACAACAUCAAAGUCAACUUUGCAUGUUCCUACCCCCUGGACAUGAAAGUCAGCUUGAAGACCUCCCUGCAGCCAAUGGUCAGCGUUCUGAACAUCAGCGUGGGUGGGACAGGCAUGUUCACCGUGCGGAUGGCACUCUUCCAGAGCCCCACCUACACACAGCCCUACCAAGGCUCGUCUGUGACCCUGGCCACAGAGGCCUUUCUCUACGUGGGCACCGUGCUGGAUGGGGGUGACCUGUCCCGGUUUGCACUGCUGAUGACCAACUGCUAUGCCACACCCAGCGGCAACGCCACGGACCCCUUGAAAUACUUCAUCAUCCAGGAUAGAUGUCCACGCACUAAGGACUCAACCAUCCAAGUGGUGGAGAAUGGGGAGUCCUCUCAGGGCCGAUUUUCUGUCCAGAUGUUCCGUUUUGCUGGGAACUACGACCUGGUCUACCUGCACUGUGAAGUGUAUCUCUGUGACACCUUUACUGAAAAAUGCAAACCUACCUGCUCCAGGACCAGAUUCCGCGGUGGGGGCAUCAUAGACCAAACCCACGUCCUGAACCUGGGUCCCAUCACACGGAAAAAUGUCCAGGCAGUAGUCUCAACGGCUGCUUCUGGCAGCCUGGGGUUCCUGAAGGUCUGGCUGCCUCUGCUUCUGUGGGCCACCUUGACCCUGAUGUCUCAGUGACUGGCAGCUGGAAACCCUGUGCUCUGUGGCUUCAUUUCCUGCUGGCUGGGGAUGAUGCAGCUUAGUGCUCCAGCCACAGAAAAGGGAGCUCACACUUCAGUCAAUCUUGCUCCUCUUCCCCCCCCCACCCCACCCACUUUAAUCUUCACUGUUGCAAAAUAUUCUCUAUUUUCAAAUUCUGCCUUCUCUCAAAAUGGGACUUGUGACGUGUCCGCACAUAAGGUCCCAUGUCUCUUUGAAGAGUAUGGCAAAAUAAUAAUAAUUUUAA